GGGAAUUGAUGCGCUCGUCGAAUGCUGCAGGCCCUUUCUCCCAUGGUUCUUCAGCUUCCACCAGCGAAUCUUCUCUUAGCUCAGCAGCUAAAUCCACUGGCGCGGCGGGGCGAUGAACGCGGAGGAAUCGCGGGUGUGGCAGCGCUUCGAAAAGGGGAGAGCUUGACUUGAGCGACGAAGCUGGGAGGAGGCGAUUGGCGCAGCUUGCCUCGUGUUUUUGCGCUAGGGAAGGCGGGGCGCCGGCGAAGGGAUGGAGUCAGUGGGGCGGACGAGGCUGGGGAAGUACGAGCUCGGGCGGACGCUCGGCGAGGGCACCUUCGCUAAGGUCAAGUUCGCCAAGGACGUGGAGACCGGGGAGAGCGUGGCCAUCAAGAUCUUCGACAAAGACAAGAUCUUGCGGCAUAAGAUGGUUGGCCAGAUAAAACAUGAAAUCUCAACUAUGAAACUGAUUAGGCAUCCAAAUGUCAUUCGGAUAUAUGAGGUCAUAGCCAGCAAGACAAAAAUAUACUUAGUUUUGGAAUUCGUAGAUGGCGGUGAACUCUUUGACAAAAUUGCUCGUAGGGGAAAGUUAAAGGAAGAAGAAGCUAGAAAGUACUUUCAACAAUUAAUCAAUGCUGUAGAUUACUGUCAUAGUAGAGGUGUCUUCCACCGCGACUUGAAGCCUGAAAAUCUGUUGUUGGAUACUAAUGGUGUUCUUAAGAUUUCAGAUUUUGGACUUAGUGCACUACCUCAGCAAGUUCAUGAGAAUGGAUUACUUUACACUACAUGCGGUACUCCAAACUAUGUUGCUCCGGAGGUGAUCAGGGACAAAGGUUAUGAUGGGGCUAAGGCAGAUAUAUGGUCGUGUGGUGUAAUUCUUUUCAUUCUCAUGGCAGGUUAUUUGCCUUUUGAAGGAUCCAAUCUGAUGUCACUAUACAAAAAGAUCUUCAAAGCAGACUUCUCCUGUCCAAAUUGGUUCUCUACAAGUGCCAAGAAACUUAUCAAGCGAAUUCUAGAUACUAAUCCCCAAACUCGCAUCACCAUUUCCCAAAUCAUCGAGAAUGAAUGGUUUAAGAAGGGAUAUCAGCCUCCUCAGUUUGAGACAACAGAAGUUAGUCUAGAUGAUGUUGAUGCAAUCUUCAACGAAUCAGGGGAGGCAACAAACAUUGUGGUUGAGAGACGUGAGGAAAGGCCGGUUGUAAUGAAUGCGUUUGACCUUAUCUCAACAUCUCAGGGUCUUGAUCUGGGCAUCCUUUUUGAGAAGCAACUGGGUCUGGUCAAGAGAGAAACAAGGUUUACAUCGAAACAUCCUGCAAACGAGAUACUUUUUAAAAUUGAAGAGGCAUGUAAACCAAUGGAUUUUGAUGUUAAAAAGCAAAACUACAAGCUGAAGCUGCAAGGAGAAAAAUCAGGAAGAAAGGGGCAUCUAGCCAUCGCGACCGAGGUUUUCGAAGUGGCACCUUUGUUGCAUGUCGUGGAGAUUCGCAAGGCCAAAGGCGAUACACUCGAAUUUCACAAGGUGAGGCAAAAUUCUUCAAAAAUUUAUCAAUGGGGCUGAAGGAUAUCAUGUGGAAGUCACAGGAGGAAACCAGUGGAUCUGAUAAAGCUCGAAGAGAGGGUUAAACCUUAAUUUUUCUGUGGAAGAGAUGCCAAGCUUUAGUUGGCAAUGCCAUUUCAGUGGAAUUCUAGUCAUUUGGAUUUCUUCGGCAUAAAAAGAUGUUUUACUCUCGUUUGAAAGACAUAAUAAAAGAUGUAGCUUAAUGAUUUAUCAUCAUCAAGAAGAAAAAAAAGGAUUUCAGGCUUUUC